AUGGUUAAGAAAAUCACCUACGAACAAGCCGGGUUGUCUGGUAAUCCAUUGCUCUCGGCCGCCUACAAGAGCAACGGGAUAGUUUUCACUUCCGGAAGCAUUGGUCAGAAGGACGGUGUUUACCCAGAGGACGUUUCUGAGCAGGCCGAACUGGCAAUCCAGAAUCUUUUCAAGGUGUUGAAAGCUUCGGGCUCGUCUCCAGACAGAGUCCUGAAGGUGUUGCUUUUUGUUAGCAACGGAGACGAUGCCGCUGCCGUCAACAAAGUGUACUCCAAGUACUUCCCUAGCAAACCUGCCAGAUCUUGCAUUGUGGUUUCUUUUCCAAACAAAUCUGUUAAGGUGGAGAUGGAGUGUAUUGCCGAGGCGAAAAGCUUCUGGAAGCUUUAA